ACACACACAAUUUCUCAAGUUAUAAAGUGUAACUUAAAUCUCCCACAAUGGAGAUCUGGGGCAUCACAGCCUACUGAUAUUUGCAUUUACUGUAAGUAUACAUGGACAUUGACAACCUCCUUAUUCAAGACUAUGACAUCAUAGCGUCGACAAACCUACACGUAAGACUAUAUACGUAGAAUUCAACGCAAAGAUACUUUCAACUAUGACAGCCCCGUGGCGCCCGUGCUCAGUGGGGGACAUGAUGAAAGACAUCGACACUCCAGCGCUGGUUGUGGACCUCGACUCUUUGGAAAGUAAUAUUAACAAAAUGUCUAAGAUUGUAGAGGAGAACUAUCCAAAUGUAAAGAUCCGACCACAUUGUAAAACACAUAAAUGUCCGAACAUAGCACAUAUGCAGAUGAACAGUGGCGCGGUAGGGUUCUGUUGUCAGACGAUCACAGAGACGGACGCCUUGGUCAACGCUGGGAUAAAUGACAUAUUCAUUUCAAACCAGAUUAUAGGUCUAAGAAAGAUUCGUAGGGUCGUAGGAUUAGCAAAGAUUGCCAAUAUUUCACUGUGCGUGGAUGAUGCUGACAAUGUACGUGAUAUCGACACGGUUGCAGGCGACUUGGGAAUCAAGAUGGAUGUCGUCGUUGAAGUCCACGUCGGAGCCUACAGAUGUGGAGUGAAUCCGGGUGAACCUGUAGCUGAACUGGCUCAACUCAUCACUGAACUCCCAAAUGUCAACUUCAAAGGUUUACAUUGCUAUCAAGGGCGUAACCAGCAUCAACGCAAAGAGGGAGACCGGAAGAAGGAAGUUGAAAACGUAGUCGCUUUAGUAAAACAGAGUUUAGAGGCACUCUCCAAGAGAGGCAUACCGUGCGAAUACAUUACCGGUGGUGGAACAGGGUCGUUCAAGUAUGAGGCAUCUAGUACAACCUUUACUGAAAUUCAACCAGGAUCGUAUGUCUUUAUGGAUGUGGAUUACGGUAAAAACCUCAAUACUGACGGCAGUUUCUAUAAUGAAUUCAAGAACAGUCUUUAUGUCUUGUCAACCGUCCAGAGCAAAGGAACUAAUCCUAACAGGGUGGUAGUAGACGCUGGUAUGAAGGCCCUCAGCGUUGAUUCUGGGGUUCCUCUGCUCAAAGAUUUCCCAUCGAUAACGUAUAAUAUAGGAGGAGACGAGCAUGGUGUAUUGACUAAGAUGGUAGACGGCGAGCAGAUGCCAAAAGAAAUAGACGAGUUGAAGGUUGGUGAUAUUAUUCGACUCAUACCUGGACAUUGCGAUCCAACAGUUAACAUGCACGAUUGGAUCAUAGGGCUGAGAGGGGACAAAGUUGAAUGUAUAUGGCCCGUGGCAGGACGUGGCCCUGGCGUCUAAGGAAGAACUCUUGUUACUUUAAAGUUGACAUUGCCAUAUUAUUAUCAAUUCAUUGUCCUGUGUCGUCCACGACUUAUCCGAAGCAUUCAUAUGUUUUACCAUCAAGUACGAAACACCAUUGUAUUAAAGUUAAAGGAAAAAUUGAGACCAGCCAUUCUGAUACGCAGACCAUCUC